AUGAGCUACGGCGUGUGAUCACCAAGGCCGUUGGUUGGUCCAUGCCUCCUCCAAUCAUGGCUCUGCAUAGUCGAUGAGGAACGGCGAGGAGGAGAUAGAAGCACUGUUCUGGGAGCAUUCGUUUCGAGUACAACAAGAUGUGGUGUUCUCUAAUAGUAGUAACAGCGGCGGUGGCAGCAGCGACUGGGAUGCGUUUCAGUUAUGAUGGGACGCCCUUGGCUGAAGGCGUAGUGGUUGGCGGCGCUGUGUCCCCGAGGAUAUCUGUAGUGGGGAAUGCACCACAGCCGGUCGCUCAGGUGUUGUCUGGGCCUGUGCCUGUGGUUGUGCCUACGUCCGUGCCUACAUUCCAACAGCCUUUCUUUCCAGCGAUUACCACGCCGACAUUUUCGCAGACUUCACCAUUGUCACCACUGGCUUCUAUCCCGCCUCCCUCGCCUGAUGGCCCGCGGCGAUGUAGCUAUCCUCCAGGAUUUGUGGUGCACGAAACCCUGAACGGACGCGAGUACCAUUUGUCGUGGUGUAGCCAACCCGGGCGAACCUUCAGCUACCAGCAGGCCGAGGACUACUGCAGGAGCCUUGAUACAAACGGUCACCCGGUGGGUUUCCACUCGCUAAGCCUCGAGACUCCAGUCGAAGAUUCCUUCAUUACCUCCAUCAUCCGCCAUUGUAAGUUUAUUUUUUUCCCCGUCAUCCGCCAUUAUGAAGUGCCAUACAUUUGGACGAGUGGUUACAAGGUGAGCCCGUAUUUAUGGAAGUGGCAAAGUUGUGUGGCCUCGCAGUACAGCCGUUGGUCCUUCACCGGUCGAUUUGGACGCAGCCAACCUGACAAUGCGGACAUGAACGAGAACUGCUUGGCUAUACUCAAUAACUUCUACGGCGACGGCAUUAUCUGGCACGACGUGGACUGUUCCUUGGAGAAGUACGUGAUCUGCGAGCGCCCCAGGACACGCGACAGCUAGAAACAAAUACUUACGGAAUUAGAAUAAGUUUGUCAAAACUAGUUAAACCAAACUGUUAUUGUGCAAUAUCGUAUGAACUAGAACAAUCUUAACUAGUUAAACCAAGCUGUUAUUGUGAAAUAUCUAUUUUGUAUGAGAACUAGAACAAUAACUAUUUUGUAUGGAAAUUCAAUAAAUGGCUUAAAUACA